GCGUUGUUGUUUUGAGUACGAAAAAUGUCAGGAAGAGGUAAAGGUGGGAAAGGUCUCGGAAAAGGAGGUGCAAAGCGUCAUCGCAAAGUACUUCGCGACAAUAUCCAGGGCAUUACAAAACCAGCGAUCAGACGGCUGGCUCGUCGUGGUGGUGUGAAGCGUAUUUCUGGACUCAUUUAUGAAGAGACCAGAGGUGUGUUGAAGGUGUUUCUGGAGAAUGUGAUCCGCGAUGCUGUCACUUAUACUGAACAUGCUAAAAGAAAGACCGUUACUGCGAUGGAUGUGGUUUACGCUCUGAAGCGCCAGGGCCGCACUCUUUAUGGCUUCGGAGGUUGAUUUAAUACAAGAAGUCUUACUGAAAAAUAAAAGGCUCUUUUCAGAGCCA